AUGGCUCGGGACACACGAAGCAGCAAGGAAGCAAAUGUCGACCCCAACUCCCCGUCUUCCCCAAACAAUAAACGGAAACGACGACAAUCUCCUGCUCCUGUACCCGUGCCCACACCCCUGAAGAUCAAUCUUCAUAUCCCAAGUUCCUCUGGACCCAAGAUUAAAUUGACCCCACCCAAAGUCAAUGGCUCAGGAGAAGUCAAUGGAGAUCAUGAGCCGAAACGAGCGAGAAUAAACUUGACCGUCAACGGCGAAAGAACCAGGAAAAGCCAGUCUCCCGUACCUGUGCUUGCACCUGUUUCCGGUCCGGACCAGAAGGGAGAGUCUGUCGAAGAAGAUGUAGAUCCAGUUCAAGAUGACAAGAUCGAGGUGAAUCAAGAAGUGGAAGAGAGGGAUGGUGUUGCCGCGUCAACGGUACAGGGUAGAUCGUUAAGCCGAGAAAUACGGGGAGCUCUGACGAUCUUGAUGGCUCAAGCUGCAACACGUCUGCCUCCUCCGUUGAACGAAAUCCUCACUUUGUGGCUACCACCGAAAUUUGAGCAAAAUGAAAAGAACACUCUCGGCUACAUUCUGAAGCAGGACAACCUGACAUGGGAGCGACUGGUUGAUGUAUUGCAUGUCUUUUCUCACAACCUGUUGGCGCCUUGCGCUUAUCCCAACCCAAUGCCCUCAGUUAAAACCUUUCAUCUUCCCAUCCCACCCCUUCCCUCUCAUCUUCCACCCCACAACAUCUACAACUUCUGCGUCAGUCUGCGUACGAUCAUGAAGCAGGCCGAGCCACCUGGCGACAUGAACGAGGAGAAAGCGGAAAGAUGGGCAUUGAUGCAAAAGCUGCCCACGGGAAGUGGGAAUGUAAAUGGGGAGUGGUUCACUAGUAGUGUGGACAUACGUCAAGUAGAAGCAUUGUCAAAGAACCUCAAUGAAGGGAAAUUCGAAGAGAUGGGGAGUUUGCUAGAACGACUCGCUUCAACUGGAACUCGCUUCGGGCAUGCGCAACCUGUGUCGUUGCAGAAUGCCUUGCCUGCGAGUGGAAGUCAACCUCGUAUCCCCACCCUGUCUGAUUCACUAAUCCGUCGCGCGAGUCUCAAAGCCAGUCGGUGGAAGGAACUUCGGCAACUGAGACGGCAAGGAGGAUUCGGCAGUAUCAUGCGUCCAGUCACGGUACCUCCAACAACGAACGCGAACUUCACCCCCUCCUUCGCUCCAACCUUCGACUCAACAUAUUCCAGCGGAUCGGGAUAUUGGGGAACAUUAGAGGGUAUGCACGCACGCCAUCGUCAUAGAGAAUGGCGUGAUAGAGUUACACAUGGGAAAGGAGCUAUGAUAGAAGGGGGAUAUCACGGCACGAUGGAAGCGGAUGUUGAAGGUGAUGAGAUGGGCGGUCAACGAGCUGAAAGCAGUAGAAAGAGUAAUCAUUCUGGAAAUGUGGAAGAGGUGUUGGAGGAUAAUGCGAGAUUGCUCGCUGAAUUACAAGCAUGGCAAGAGAUACGGAUCAGACGUGGCCAUCGCAAACCCACUCAGCGGGAAGAAGUUGUCGCUGAAGAAGUGCUCUCAUCCCUCACUACACUUGCCAGUCACAUUUCUCCCAAAGAGCUCUUACCCAAAGGCACAUUUGAUGGUCUGGCUCAUGACCUGGGCGCUCGAUUCGUACCCGUUUCAGCGCCUAUCAUCCGAGGUACACUCGACCCUAAACGUCCUCAGGCCUUACAUGACAAUGCUACCGUUCGUAUGCGGUCUCACGUGUCACAGCCCCUUGGAAGCACGUCAAUCGGUGGUAUAAGCAGUUUGUCACCUCAUCAACCUCCACCUCCUCGACCUGGACCUGGAGGUCAAAUGUUACCACCUCCCAUUCCUAGUAAUUAUAUCACUCCCCCACCACAUACAUUACCUCAUUCCAAAUCCUCAACUCCGCAAUAUAAAACUCAACCGACCGCACCUCGUGUUUAUUACACUGCCCCUUCUCCAGGUCAGAAUGUGCAGACGACGAGUUUCCGACCACCGUCAAGCGGAUCGACAUAUGGACGUCCUUCGCCGCCGGUCCCAUCUCCCGCUCCGUCGUCCGCUCCGGUGUACCCGACUCGACCAGGACCGGGACCGUCAAGUCUCCGUCAGAGUUUUGGACCUGAAAAUCCGGCACCUGUGGGAUCUGUGUACAUGACGCCGACACCGUUACCGCUGAGAUCGGGAACAAGCACUAUGAUCUCACAACAGCAAAUACGUCCUAACAGUACUCCGUCGAGAUUAAGAUGA